CUAACAAACAGAGACAAGAUGGUGAGUAGGGAGUUGGGUAAUCCGACGGGCUGGUGCUGGGUAUGCGGGGUUUACGUGUGGCCGCGAAGGACUGUGGCACCCGUGCGAACCUGGCUUGCAUGCUCGGACGAAGAGGGGUAACAACUUUGGGUUGUUGUUUCUGCCUGCUCAACGUCGAGUUCACGUGGUCUGAGCCGGCCGAUCCGGACGAUCUGGACAGGGAUAUCGAGUGGCUGAUCAUCCAAGCGUGGAGAUCGGACGUGGAGGGAGAACUGUUAGGGAUCUUGUUUGGAGAGGUGAGCGUUGAUCACUUCGGGCCGAUCAUGGAGGAACUGUUGGUGCCUCUCGCGCAGCUCCUCGACGAUCUGCCCCUUGACAUUCUUUAUCAGAAACACAAGAGCCCGGAGCAAGGUACGCUAGAGCGGACACCAAAGCCUCAAUUGUUCUCGACAUGCCUUGCUAAGUACGACGACCAGAGUCGAUCCUAUCCGUCAUCGGUCCCCUACCUGGAUAUGGAGGAGAUCGUCGAUCAGUUCUUUUGGGAAGUGAUCGCGUCGCAGAACAAGGAGGAAGGGAGACCGGAAUCGGGGAGGAAUUGGCAUUUUGGGCGAGCAGUUAUGGCGGCGGGGGAUACGGGAAGGGCUCGCGGGCGAGUGGUCAUUGGCGGGAGGGGUCGUGCUCUUUCGGCGGCGGACGUGUACAACGUGGCAGUGCUGAGGUACCGUGUUGUUCUGGACCGAGCUGCGCUUGACACGUUGGAAAAGGAGGUCAAGGCAGCGCCAGCUGGCAAAGAGGAUGGCACAGGUGUGGCCGGGGCCGACAGCCAAGAAGGAGAUCCUAGGGCUCUGCACGUGGCGGCGAUUGCGGAGAUCAGGAAGUCUGUGGGCGGCGGUACUCGCCCCGACGACCGCUGGGCAGAGGAGGAGACACGUGCUGCUGCCGUCGGCAAGUUGAUCGAGAUGAUGCGAUCCAGGGCCGGGAUCGGGACCCGGCUCGUGCGUCUUCUUGAGCACUUUCUCAAUCAGGAUGAUUGGCAGGAGGAGCCGGCGCGGGGUGCAGGCGGCGAUGGAGCCGUGUGCGCAUCUCUCGCGUCUCCGCCUUGUCUUUCUGCGAAAGAGAGGGCGGCACUGAGCGCCGGGAUCAGCGCCGCGAUCGGGAUCGCCGCGAUUGCGAUCCACGCAGCUCAGACUCUGUCCCUCGUGGCUGAUGGGGUGAUGUCUCUCUCUUGCGAGGCCCUCCGCGCACACGUGGAGUCGUUUGACGCCGAGCACGUGCACAAGUGCGAGGCUGACGUGGCAUCCGAUCUGCGCACUCUUCUCCUCGGAUCGAAGAACGUUAAUCCCCGCCAGGGAGGUGUCGAUGUGGGAUGCGUACGGGCGGUGCCGCAGCUGCACGGCCCGCUGAGAGAAACGAUCAAACUGGCCGGAAGCGCAGUGCGCGCCGAGCUCAACGCCGUGGGGGGGUCACCAGCUGUCGGCGUCGGCGGUGGAAGCGACAAACGAGCGGGAAACGCAACCAUGACGGAGCCGUCCGCCACGGUCUUUCUCUACCUGGGCAACGUUGUGCGGUGCCUGAGCGGAGCCGCGACCGCAUCUGGAUCCCGAUGCGCGGAACUCUGCAGCAUAUCCUCCUCCUCUCUCGUUUCCUCUUCUCCCCUCCCUACACAAGGACGCGAUCGCCACAUUGGGAUCCAGAUGGACGCGAUCGCCAAUGUGGAUGGUGGUGAUGAUGACAGUGGGAGGAGUGGCAGUAAUUCUGAGAAUGGGGGCGAGGGUGGGGCUGGCACGGUCAGUCCGCAGCUGACCUGUAUCUGUAUGGCAGAUGCCAGAGAUAGCGCGGUCGCUCGCGCGAAAGUUGUGGCCAAAGGGGUGAUGGAGCUUUUGGCGGGAGGAGGAGGUGGCGCCGAGUCGUCGGGGGUCGGGGGUGCGGACGGGAUCCGGGCCGCACUGUUGGCUUUCCGAUCGGUGCGCGACUGCCGUGAGGUGUUCGCCGUGGAAGCCUGGAUGGCCGCAGCGGUUGUGAGAGAGAGGGAGGCGGCUAUGGCGGCGGCGCCGAAGAAAGAGAAAAAACUUGCUGGCGAUGGCGGCGGAGAGAAGAAAGCGGGUGCGCGGUCGGGAGGGGGAGGAGGAGGAGGAGGAGGAGGAGAACAACCGGUGAAGGCCAAGAAAGGCGGUGGUGGUGGUGGUCCCGGCGCUUCGCUCGGGAAGGGAAGCGCUUUGGUGCGGUCUUAUGUGGACACGUGUCGGCUUGAGACAUCACCGGCGGCCGAUGAGGGUGAAUCCAAGACGACGUCGAUGACGUCAUCAUUAUCGUCGUCGAUUGCUGCGGAAAUCUCGUCUACGAGCGCCGGCUUGGAUCCGCGUGUGGCGGCGGAACGACUUGGCGCGCUUCUGGACGCCUUGCGAGCGGUCGUUGAGAGCAACGAAGCGCGCCGCAAGCCGAAGAUCCCCAAGGGCACGCGCGAUUUCACCCCUGGGCAGAUGGCAGUCCGGGAGAAAGCCUUCGGCACGAUCGUGGGGGUGUUCAAGCGCCACGGCGCUGUGGCCAUCGACACGCCGGUGUUCGAGUUGAGGGAGACGUUGAUGGGAAAGUACGGGGAAGAUUCCAAGUUGAUCUACGAUCUCGCCGAUCAGGGAGGCGAAAUCCUGUCCCUUCGUUACGAUCUCACGGUCCCUUUCGCUCGAUAUCUGGCCACGCACAACGAGGGCAAUUUGAAAAGGUAUCAUAUUGCUAGGGUUUACAGGAGGGACAAUCCUGCAAAAGGCCGGUACAGGGAGUUCUAUCAGUGUGAUUUUGACAUAGCAGGUCAAUACCCGACGAUGGUUCCCGACUCUGAGGUGUUGAAAGUACUGACAGAGAUCCUAGAUGAUCUGAACAUCGGUGAUUACGAGAUCAAGCUGAAUCACAGGGUGCUGUUGGAUGCGACGUUGGAGAUAGCCGGGGUCCCGACGGCGAAGUUCCGUACGAUCUGCUCCGCUAUCGACAAGCUGGACAAAGAGACGCCCGAGAAAGUCAAAGCGGAGAUGGUCGAAGAGAAAGGAUUAUCGGAGGAAGUUGCAGAGAAAGUUCUGGGGAUGGUUCUGCGAAAGGGAAGACCCCUGGAGCUGUUGGAACAGCUCAGGAGGCCUAGUAGCGCUGAAGAUAGCUCCUCCUCCUCGUUCAUGAAGCAUCCGAAGGCGGCGGCGGCACUAGACGACUUGUCGCUCUUGUUCUCUUACUUGGAUGCUAUGAAGGCGAUUCACAGAGUGGUGUUCGACUUGAGCCUGGCCAGAGGACUCGAUUACUACACGGGGGUCAUCUACGAGGCGGUAUUUAAGGGGACUACGCAAGUGGGUUCGAUCGCGGCGGGAGGAAGAUACGACAACCUGGUCGGGAUGUUCAGCGGCAAGCAAGUCCCGGCCGUCGGUGUAAGUCUGGGGAUCGAACGGGUGUUGGCCAUCAUGAUGGAGGAUUGUGAGUCGUCGGUGAGGAAGACCCAGACCGAGGUCUUGGUAGCUAGCAUUGGACCUAACCUGUUGAAAACGAGGAUGGCCAUUGCGUCGGAACUAUGGACGGCCAAGAUCAAGGCGGAAUUCGUCUUCUCUCCCGCUCCCAAUCUCCAGAAACAACUGACUUAUGCACAGGAAGCAGGUAUUCCAUGGAUGGUUAUCUUUGGGGGGGAUGAGAUAGGGAAGGGGGUAGUUCAGAUCAGAGACCUUUUGACGAGGAAGCAAGAUGAGGUAGCUAAGGACGAUCUCGUGGAGGAGCUUAAGACGCGUCUGAACGCUGGUCGGGAUCCCAAGGAACCGCCCGUCGUCGUCCAGUAGAAGAGAACCAGGUUCAAAGAAUCAGGGUUUCUAUUUAGUCGGCAGGAGGUCCCAUCAAGUCCGACAGGGUCUAAUGAGAUGAGAUAUGAAAUGCAGUUGGGGUUGGGGUUUUGAGUAGAGAGGUGGUCUAAUUAGGUCUAAUUAGGUCCAAUUAAGUCCGACCGAUCAGAUCAGUCGCGAUUGGGCGAUCUGUCAAUCGAUCGGAGAUUGAACAUUGAGUUGGAAUCAUCGGCAUUCGAAUCGGCGUUAAAUGGAGAACUGGCAGUGGAUUGAAAGGCAGUGGAGUUGGAACUGACAGUGGAUUGAAAGGCAGACAGGGAUGGGGGGGGGGGGGUAGUUGAAGAAUCUCUCUUUCUUUGUGUUCCCUCGAGAAAACAGUUUCGUGUUCGCUUAGGGGCUACAUUCGAAAUUC